AUGUCUUUCCUGGGCGGUGCAGAAUGUUCUGCAGCAGCAAACCCACUACGUCAAUUUGUGAAGCAUACUCAAGAUGACCAAAGCUUACAGAGAGAUAGACUAGUUGGUAAUUCAGCAAAGAGUUUGCAAGGUAUGAGAAGUAUCAGUGGUAUAGACUCGACUAGAAACCAGGAUACACUCCUGAAUGAGUUCCGGCAUCAAAAUGGUCCGCUUUCAUCAGAGAUAUUUGCUCUACAGCAGGAUCAGCCACACACUCAAACUAUGCGAAUUGGCCCACCUUCACUGAGCGCGCAUGGCUGGGCCCAAGAAUUUGUGCCUGGUAUAGAUACUCAGACGCGGAUGGAGUUUUCUAACUCAACGCCUACUCUGAGUGGCCUUAGUCCGGCCGACUUUGUGGCGUUUCAACAGACGAAGAGCGGUACUCCAAUGAUGUCCCAUGUCAAGGAGCACCAAGUCGGUGAUAUGUACUCAUCUUAUUUUAAUUCACAGAUGGAUAUGGGUGGUAUGGGCCGAAAUAUGGGAAUGGGAAUAGGUCUGGGUAUGGGUAUGAAUGCAGGCGCUGGCUACAUGUCACGAGCACAAUUUCAAAAUCAGGGAAAUUUCCAACAGCAAGAUAAAGGCAAGGGAAAGAUGGUUGAAUUAGACGAUGAGCAUUGGGAGGAGCAGUUUAAAAAGAUUGAUUUGGAAGGGCGUCUGCGAGAUGAUGCUGCGUUGACUGACGAAGCAGACGUGAACCAGGUAGAUCAAACUGAUCAUGAAACUGAAACUAAUGAGUUUGGUGAUUUUGAAUCCAUAUGGAAAGGUAUAUUAUCUGAAGCUGCAGUCGCUCAAGAACUCUCGAAAAAUGAUAUGGGCAUAGACGAAGACUCCGGUGAUUUGGAACAAUGGGGAGCAGGACUACAGACGCCUUUCCGAGAUCCGCAGCUCGGAGAUUACAUGUUUGAGGAAAAUAAUAUGUUUAAAGAGAUAUCCAAUCCAUUUGAAGAGGGGGUACGGAUUGUGGAGGCUGGUGGUAAUCUCUCAUUAGCAGCUUUAGCCUUUGAGGCUGCUGUCCAAAAUGAGCCCGAUCAUAUUGACGCCUGGGUAAUGCUAGGCUCUGCACAAGCACAAAACGAGAAAGAAACACCAGCCAUACGGGCAUUAGAGCAGGCCUUGAAGCUAGAUCCUGCUAAUCUAUCAGCGCUUAUGGGCUUAGCAGUAAGCUAUACCAACGAAGGUUAUGAUAGCACUGCGUACCGGACCCUUGAGCGCUGGUUGUCCUAUAAAUAUCCCAAUAUUGCUCCGUCAGAUAGAUCUCAGCCACUUCAGUCCGAUGUUGGGUUUACAGAUCGUUUCGCCUUGCACGAAAGAGUAACAGAGCUAUUUAUAAAUGCCGCGCAGCUCUCGCCAGAUGGGGAACAUAUGGACCCAGACGUACAAGUUGGACUUGGAGUUUUAUUUUAUGGAGCUGAGGAGUACGAAAAGGCGGUUGAUUGUUUCUCAGCAGCUCUCGCAAGCACAGAUAGCGGUACUAGCAAUCAGCAGGAUCAAAUUCAUCUCUUGUGGAAUCGCCUUGGGGCCACACUUGCCAAUAGCGGUCGUUCGGAGGAAGCCAUCACAGCCUAUGAGAAAGCGCUUACCUUGCGCCCAAAUUUUGUUCGAGCGCGCUACAAUCUUGGUGUUUCGUGUAUUAAUAUUGGCUGCCUAGAGGAAGCAGCGUCGCACCUUCUCGGUGCACUCGCCAUGCACAAAAUUGUCGAGAACGAAGGCCGUGAGAAGGCCCGAGACAUCCUAAAUGGCAAUGGCAAUCUAAACGAGGCAGAAAUCGAGAGAAUGAUACAUCAAAACCAAAGCACCAAUCUCUACGAUACCCUGCGUCGCGUCUUUAGCCAGAUGGGUCGGCGAGAUUUAGCGGAUCGUGUGGCAGCAGACAUGGAUAUUGAAAGCUUUCGUGCCGACUUUGAUUUCUAG